AUGGCGGCUUCUGCUCUUCUUACAACACAAAAUGGAUUAUCGGAAGACUGUGUUGACGAACGACAGUGCAGCAAUCGUGAUUCGGUCGGUGAUACUCGCUCAAGCAGUUGCGGAUCUUGUGAGGACCACACGAUGGAUGCUGUAUCCUGUGGCAGUGACGCCAGUGACUGCUUGCACCCUAUUACAAUGGAGACAAACCCAGUCUUCCAACACUCUCCUGACAGUGGCACAUUUGGCAGUCUGAGGGAAGCUGAUCUACAAAUGGCACCUCCAGAACUAAGAGAGUUGCAUGAACGGCACAAGGACUCCUUACUGCACCAUCACCACCAUGAGAUCAAUAUGAAUGAUGAUAUGGAAUGUGCUGAUGGUGGGGUUGGGGUCUGCAGCCGGAUAGACCAUGACAGAUUAGAUCUCGAAGAAAAUGACAACCUGCUCAGUGAACAGAUUGGAAACGGGAUCUCAAAUGUGGACUUAUUACGGGCAUGUAAACUGGACUUUCAGCAAAAGCUCGACCCGCAUUCCCUGUCCCUCCCUGUGCCCAUUCAGAACAACGAGCGCAAGAAGAGACACUGCUCAGUAGAGGACCCAACGCUCGAUGCACUCAGCUCGGCAGACAGUGACCUCUCUCGAAGCUUACCACAUGGGACAAUUGUACAAAAAGGAGAUAUGAUUGAGUUCAUUGCUGAUAAUCUGGUAGAAAAAAUCAAAAGAAGUAGCUCACUGUCAAUGGCAGAUUCCAGCAGCCUCCACACAAGAACAUCAAGUGUCCAGAGCUUUGGUAGCAUCUCUAGCACAAACUCAGCCUCGAGAGCGUCAUAUUCUGCAGUGUCUCAAUCACCCAGCAGCCUGGUGCCACCGAGCCCUGAUGACAUUCCACCCAUUGAUCCCCAUGCUUUGAUUGAUCUUGAGACUCAGGCCAAACAGGUAGCUGACCGUCUUGACCACAUGAUGGCCAGCCUUCGAUCCAACCUUCACAAGAUGUCAGCUUUAACAUCAGGUUGCCUGGAUGCCUACAAGAAAUCAGUUGAUAGCACCUGUGAUGCAGUUGAUGGAAGUAUCAAGUCCAUGUAUGCUUUAAUGGCCAAGUGUGAAGAGCUUGGAAAAUCCAUGACACCCAUUUAUCAACUGGCAGAUCAAAUAAAAGAGAUCAAACGGUUGCUGGACAUCUUUGAAAACAAAUUAAAACUGUAUCUUCUUAUUUUUUAUUUUUAUUUUAUUUUCUCCUUUUCUUCUUCACUUUUGCUUUCUCUCCUUUUCUUUUUCUUCUUCUCUCUUCUUUCCCCUCCUCUUCCUUUUCUCUUUUCUCUCUCCCCUCCUAAUUCCUUUUCUUUCCUCUCCCUUUUUUCUCCUACUCCCUCUUUUUUCUUGCCUUUCUUUUAUUCCCUUUAUUUUUCUCUCAUUAUCAAGAGAUUGAAUUCUUACAAGUGCUACACAUGCCAGUUAAGAAAUAUUAACCAGAAAGGGCUUGUGGGAUAUUAA